UGACCCCAGGAUUGGGUCAGAGCAUAUGCCUCCUCCUCUCUCUCCCAGCCUUGGCUUAAUUGGGACUUGACCCGCCUCAAUUUUGUCUUUUUUCUCAUCUAUUUAUCGGAUUAUCUAUUUCUUUCUCUUUACAUAUUGUACUAAACUAUAACUAAAAGUAGAAAGAGGAAAAGAGGAAAACGGAGGAGAAAUGGCGCAGUCUUCCAAAUUGGUGGAAGAGAUGGUCGCACAAUUCCUGUCGAGAUUAUCAUCUAAAGCAUUGAUGCGAUUCAAAUGCAUUCGUCAUUGUGAUGGGAUUAUUUGUCUUAGUACAUUUCUUUGCGAUGAUAGGGAUAUUGCUUUAUGCAACCCUUCAAUCAAGGAAUUCAAUCAUCUUCCAAAAUCCUGUAUUCAUCUCCCCCCUCAAGAUGAAGAUGAUUAUGUACAUGAAUGUAACGUGGGAUUUGGCUAUGAUUCCAAAGCAAAGGUUUACAAGGUUGUUAGAAUUGUCGAUUUUUCUUCGUCACAUCCUCCAAGAGUAGAGGUGUACACCUUAGGUGCAGAUUGUUGGAGAGAGAACAAGGCAUUUGUACUGGGAACUAUCAGCAGCCCACGUUCUUUACAUAUGCACUUUAAGGGAAUUUAUUAUUGGAGUGGGUUUAGUUAUAUUACGAGAGAGCUACAGUACGUCUUAUUUGCAUUCGACAUGAGUGAUGAGCUAUUUUAUUUGAUAUAUCCACCGGAGGUUGCAUUUGGAAUUUACUUGAAUCUUGCUAUGUGGAAAGAAUCCCUUCUUCUUAUCACCCAUAGAGAAGAAGCUCCUAAAUGUUUUGAUUUAUGGCUAAAUGAAGACUCUGAUUUUUUGAAAGGUUCAUGGACAAAAUACUUCACUAUCAAACCUAUAGAAGCUUAUAUUCCGUUAGUAUUUUGGAAAAGUAACGAGAUUCUUAUGGUGAAUGUUGAUCGACGUAUAGUUUCCUAUAACCUUGAUACCCAAAUGCUCAAGUGUCUUCCGAUUCAUGGAGCAGAAGAUCCUUUAUGUAUUUAUGCUAUUAAUUAUGUAAAUAGCAUUAUUUCAGUAAAGAGAAACAAUAAACUCGAGUGCGUUGAAACUUAUAUCUAGCAAAAUAAUAAUUAAUUUAUGUACUGGUAGAGACCAACAAAAUAAUAACAAUUAAUUUAUGUAGGAGAAGAAUUAUUGUGAAAUCUGUUAGUACAAAUCAAUAUUAGUU